UUUGUAUUUAAAUCUUUUUUUGUAUUUAAUUGCGCGCGGGUAUAUGUAUCUCUACGUGUGUGUGUGUGUGCGCGCGCACCAACCAGGUUGAUUCGCUCCACAUCGCCUUCACGCAUCUCUUCCGCCGCGCGGAUGAAGAGGAUUUCUUUUGUGAAUUUACAAGAUAAUUCUCUAAGCCUGUAAUAUAUAUAUUUAUAUACAUAUAUAACGAUAUAUAUUUGAGUGUCCGGGGUCCUGGAUUUACUCCGCCGAGGAGCGGGGAGCCGAUCAUCCGUCGUUGUCUUGGUGCGAGGGAGUCUGCCUCCUCUCGGGCUCGUUGUCGUCGUCUCUCUGCCGUCGUUCCCCGGGACGUUGAGAUGAGUGUUGAGAUGGGGGAGGCCAUCGAGCUCAGUACCAGGGAGCACGUGACCCCGGAGAUGAACAAGCUCCGUCAGAGCCUGAGGAGGAAGAAGCCCGCCUACGUGCCGGAGGCCAGCAGGCCGCACCAGUGGCAGGCCGACGAGGAGGCGGUACGCAAGGGCAAAUGCAACUUCCCCGUCAGGUACCUGGGGCUGGUCGAGGUGGAGGAGUCGAGAGGGAUGCACGUGUGCGAGGAGGCGGUGAAGAAGCUCAAAGUUAGCGGGAAGAAGACGGUGAAGGCCGUGCUGUGGGUCUCGGCCGACGGGCUCCGGGUGGUGGACGACAAGACGAAGGACCUCAUCGUGGACCAGACCAUAGAGAAGGUGUCGUUCUGCGCCCCCGACCGCAACUACGACAAGGCCUUCUCCUACAUCUGCCGAGACGGCACCACCAGGCGGUGGAUGUGCCACUGCUUCAUGGCCCUCAAGGACUCGGGGGAGAGGCUCAGCCACGCGGUGGGCUGCGCCUUCGCCGCCUGCCUGGAGAGGAAGCAGCGGCGGGAGAAGGAGUGCGGCGUGACGGCGUCCUUCGACGCCAGCCGCACGUCGUUCGUGCGCGAGGGCUCGUUCCGCUCCAACCCGUCCUGCCAGCAGAGCGGCGACCGAGAAGACAUGCCGCAGGACAAGAAGAAAGAACCGCCGUGCGCCGUCAUCCCGGCCCUCCCGCCCGGAACCGCGUCCCCGCCCGAGGGCGCGGCGUCCCCCAUGGAGCGCCCGGAGCCCGGCGGUCCUCACGCCAUCCCUCGCCGCCACGCGCCCAUCGAGCAGCUGGUGCGCCAGGGCUCGUUCCGCGGCUUCCCGGCCCUCAGCCAGAAGAACUCUCCCUUCAAGAGGCAGCUGUCGCUGCGCCUCAACGACCUGCCGUCCACGCUGCAGCGCAAGACCGACUUCCAGGACAAGAACCCGGAUAUGGACCUGGGGUGUGAGGAAGACUGUGGCAUCAACGCCCUGUGUAGCCAGAUCAACAGCUCCUUCACCGAUCCAUCGGAGGAGCCCUUCUCCAACCCUUCUCUGCCCGCUAACGGCCCCGCCCCCACCUGCAGCGGGCCCCCCGCCCUGCCCCCACCACCGGGCCCAGCGCUGGGCACUUCUUCCCGGGGCCAGCCGGAGCCUCCGCUCCACUCUCCUCCGCCUCCCGUUUCCGUGGCGAUGCAGAUGCAGAUGCAGAUGGGACACCGGCGCACGCCCUCCGAGGCCGAGAGGUGGCUGGAGGAGGUCUCCAAGGCCGUCAAGGCUCAACAGACUCCGCCCCCGGGCCCCGCCAUCCCCGCCAUCCCCGCCAUCCCCGGACCGCCCUCCGCGGCGAGUCACGCGGUCGCAUCGGCCGCCGUCCCCAAGCACCUCCCGUCGGGCCCCUCUGCUCUCUCGAGUCACGCGCCCAUGCCCCUCCCACUUCCCCCCAUGUCCCUGUCGUCGGUUCCUCUCAUCCCGGGCCCCCCGGUGUCCGGCCCCCCGAUGUCUCUACCUUCCAUGUCCAUCCCCACGAUGUCCGGCCCGAGCAUGACGGGGGUCUCCAUGAUGCAGCCCGGGCCCCCGGGGGCCAUGCAGCCCUUCCCCAUGGCGUUCGACACCACCGCGGCCCCCGUGGGGAUGUUCUCCAGCCAGCCGGUCCAGCCGGCGUUCGCCCACAUGCAGACCUACAGGCCGGGCCUGGCCAGCGGCAUGACGCAUAACACCGCCAGCGUCCCCGUGGUCGGCAUCACGCCGUCGCAAAUGGUGGCCAACGUCUUCUGCACCGCCACGUGCUCGCCCGGGGGGGGCGGAGCCAUGAGCUCGGCCUUAGGAGGAGGAGGAGCCAAAGCGGGGGCGCCGGGGCAGCACCAUUCGUACGCCGGGGUGCCCGGUGCCGUCGGCGGGGGGCGCCCCGGAGGGUUCUCCACGCCGCCGUUCUCCCCCACUCUGCCGCCGGCGACGGCCGUCAACGGCCUCCCGCCGCACGGCGGCUCCGCGAUGGCCCUCCAGAACGGGACCGGCGGCGGCGGCUGGCCACCAGAGGGCAGUCAGCUCACGGCUCCGGCGGCGCCGAGCGUUUCCCAUGACGACGAUCGAUUCGAGGCCAAGUGGGCGGCGCUGGAGGCCAAACCGGCGCCUCAGCAGCCCGGCGGCAGCUCGGCGGCGGUGGCGGCCAACCCGUUUUCCAACAAUCUUCAAAAGACUUUUGAGAUCGAGCUUUGAGCCCGAGUCGGCCUCCCGAAGCCGUCGCUCUGCAGCCCCGGAGUCUAAAGCCUGAGAGGCGGGGCCGACCGGUCCUCUCAGCCUCCUCGCAGCCGACAGGAGUCCACGUUCAAAAAAAGAAAGAAAAUCUUUAACUUCUUCCUUCACGCUCCUGCGAGAGCUUCGGAGGAAGCCGGCGGGUUGCUGGGCCGCCAUUGGAGGAUCAGGUCUCCCCCCCCCCCCCCCUCGCUUUCACUUCUCCACUCUGGCUUUUACUUUGCUGCAAGUCCCUGGAUGUACUGUAUGAGCCCCCCUCCCCCUCCCCCCCUGAGGACAUUACAGGGGGGGGGAGACACAACUCAGUGGUUUAUUUCUUUAAAAAGGGACUCCACGCAGAUGCAUUCCAAGCCCAUGAGACGUUUGUUUGUUUGUUUUUUCUGGUGGAGAAUUUAACGGAGACGAUGACAUCGCGACACGUGCAAAGAUGCAGAGAUGCAGAGAUGCAGAGAAGCGAUGGACUGAAGCGAUCAGACGGAUGCUGUUAGCCGAGCACAGCACAACGAUUGGAU